AUGGCACCGGUAUUCCACGAAAAUACAUCGCACUUUGAGCCAGAUACCCCGAGGACUUCUGUCCACGGCGGUCGUGGCGAGAAUGCACCCGCAGCAGCAGCAACUGCAGGAACAACUGGUGCCGACGACUCUUCUUCAGUAGAUCAUGUCCAAGAGAAAGCGCCUCCAGCUGUUCCACUUACAAAGAGGCAAAAGGUGAAGCGCCAUUGUGGAAAGUUCAAGUGGUGGUAUCUGGCGGCUGCAUUAAUACUGGCGGCUAUUCUUUUGCCAAUUCUCUUUUUGGUGAUAUUACCAGCCAUAGUGCAGCGCAUUGUCAACGAUCAAGAUUUGCCAGUCAAUGGCGGCUCGUUCCUUGCCUUGUCGCCUACGCAAAUGUCCGUCUCCCUCAAUACAUCCUUGGACACGCCAUUACCAGCAAAUCUCGAUCCUUUGACGCUUCAGUUAUAUAAUCACGAAACGCCCGACUUUUCACCAUUCAUCAGUCUUGAUCUGCCUGCCGUACAUAUCGAUGGAAAUACCAACAUUAUUGUAACCAACCAGACAGUCACCAUACAAAAUCAGACGGAGCUAGAAUACUGGUUCAAUAACGUCUUUGAUGAAGCUCAGACCUCAAUGUCUGUCCGAGGUGAUGCCACAGUUCGGCUCGGCGCGCUACAUUCCAAGGCGCACAUUGAUAAAACAAUCAGUGUUUAUUCUCUGAACCAGCUCAACGGCUUUGGAAUUCUAGAGCUGUCACUGAUUUAUCCUGCGCUCGAGAACGGCACCAAUAUCAAGGGAACGCUGAAUCUACCCAACUGGGGAGCCCUGACGCUCGGUCUUGGUGAUGUCUCGCUCAACUUGUACUCUGGCGAUGUCAGACUUGGGCUCAUCACCAUCUUCAACGUGGUCGUGCCGCCCGGCAACAAUACCCUCAACUUCUCGGGCGAGCUCUACCUGCACGAUCUCGUGGCCAACUUUGGCAAGGUGCUAGAUGCCCAAGCUGAUGCCCUAAACGAGGGCAAGAUCCAGAUCGACGCGACUGGCAAUGCGACCGUGGUAGACGGCGUGCACAUUCCCUUUGUCGAGCACAUUCUCAACAACAAGCGUGUGACCUCUUACACGUCGGUGAUCAAACUUGCCAGCGACGUAAUCAACAGUCUUACUGGCGGUGGCAACGCUUCAGUUGUAGAUAUUCUCGGCGAGGUGAUCGGCAACAACACACUCAUUGAGCAGGCUAUUGGACAUUGGAACACCACCCAAUCCACCACGUCUCAGAAGACGAAAAAGUCCCUAUCAUGGGGCCUAACUGGCCCAAGAGCGUUGAACCUACUCAAGUUGGGAAUGAAAAUGACUGGAAAAUUUUGA